GUCCCAUUAUUCCCCACUGUUCGUUUCAGAAGCCAGACUAGGCAGUGUGCAGGCACGAACCUGUUAGUUCAUGUUGAGAUUGCGAACAGUGCAGAUAGCAAGCAGAAAUUUUCGACAUAUGUACAACUGAGUGAAGAAAACGAGACAGAACAUCUUAUCCUGUUCAACACUCUAUCGAAGUGGCUUAUAGUUUUCUUAGUCGCUCAUAACAAUGCGAUAAUUGUAACAAUUGCGGAUUUCACAUCUCCUUGGAAUAAAAAUGGUUCCAUCGCUGUAUCUGUAUCAAUCGUGCGAGAACGACCAGGAGUGUCCCGAAAAGCGUUAUUGCUAUGAGGUGUCAAACUUGUGUAUAGAAUAUACAAACUGCUCCCUUUACUACCGCAAAGAGCGAGACGUACCGGCCCGUCUGGUAGAAAAUUGCGGGGAUUGUUUGUCUGGAUUCCUAACUGAAACACUCUCUGAUGGCUCAAUCCGGUGUAACAGAGAUACUGACGUAAAUACAGAUACUAACCAAAAUACAAAUAUAAUAAUAGGAGUAAGUGUAUCAGUUAUAAUCAUUGCUAUUAUCAUUGCUACCAUACUAUUUACUUUCAUCCGGAAGAAAAGCUGUACACAAUGCUUCAGAUUUUUUACACAAAAUGCUAGAACACAGAUACAAACUUACAGUGUUGCAAAGACUAGUAGAGAUGAUACAACAAAUAACAACGAAUUAAAUAUUGCCAGUGCUCCGCCAGAAGAGCAACGUUCACUCAUUAAGGUUGCUGAAGAGAAAUAUCACAAUAUUAACAGACGUAUUAUAAACAAUGAACAUCAAACUGCUACACCAUUUGUGCCAGGACAAUGGGAGAUUGACUACUAUGCGAAUAAUCCUCUUAUGUCAGAUCAUGUCAUACCACAUCUCGAUAGUAACAUUUGUAAUACAAGUGUUUUUGAAGAUAUUCCUGAUAUACAUAUUCCUGAAGCACGUGUUCCUGAAACACGUGUUCCUGGAGUACGUACCCCUGAAGCACGUAUUCCCGAAGCACGUGUUUCUGAAGUAGAUAUUCCUGACAUAGGAAAUAUUGCAACUCAAUUACAACACAAAAGUCCGACUACAAUGCAAGUUAUUUAUAACUACUUUGGAUACCGACCAAAUGCUACUAACGAACGGGAAGAUCAUAUCAGGAAUACAACAUUGCUGCAAACAGUUUCAACAGAUAAUGGCACAAAUCUUUCUCCCAGGUUGAACAGAACGAAUAACUCUGAUUCAACAGAUUCAACAGAUUCAACAGAUUCAACAGAUAAUAGCACAAAUUCCUCUCCUGAGUCGAACAAAAGGAAGAACUCUGAUAAUGGCACAAAUCCCUCUCCUAAGUCAAACGAGAGGAAGAACUCUCGUAAGGAAAACAGUAUUUUCAUCAGUCAAGCACUCAAUCAAAAUAUUAAUUUGCAAGCUGAUUCAACGGACAAUGGCACAAAUUCCUCUCCUGAGUCGAACAAAGGGAAUAACUCUGACAAGAAAAACAAUGUCAUUAUCUCACAAGCGGUCAAUCAUAAUAUUAAUAUGCAUGUGAUUUAUCCAUAAAAUGUUAACGAUUAUCAAUGAUUGUUAUUAUUAUUAUUAUUUGUAAUACUUAGUAUAUUAUGUAACAAUAUAAUGAUAAUAAUUAUUCGGAUAUUAUCCGGAAGCCAUGACGACUAAAUAAUAAUUAUUGUUGAUACUCGUUUUCAUUGUUGGGUGACAAAUGACUCUAUAAAAUCGAUGGCCUUGAAUUCGAUUCUGAUCUUUACAUACUAUCAUAUGUACGUCUUAGUCUUAUACAGUUUUUUUAGUUUGGAACAUAUCCAACUCGAGGAGUUAUUGGUUUACAUUUACACUCUAGACUUUACUUGAUUUCUUUUGCGGAACUUAAAUAAAUCUAUAAGUUUUUGCUCAAACUUAUAGAUUUUUCUCUUACUCUGUUAAUGAGAUAUGCAGGAUGGAGGCUGUAACCAAACCAGGACCUAAUCAUUACUAAUCAUCCAUAUAGGAAGUCGCACUUCCAUAUUUUCCAAACUAUACUUUAGGAAACUAUAAUUAGAAAAAUAUUCGUUAGACGAAAUAUUACAUCAAGAGAUACGGUAGUGUCUUGUGUAUUGUGAUACGUUGAUGUAAUCAACGUAUAUUAUUACCCC